AUGGAUAGCUCCUUGCUGGAAAAUGGACUAAACAUGAAUUUCAUCGACAGGAUGUCUCACCUGUACGACAGCUCCCAAAAGAAGGCCACGAAGAAAUUAAUCAUAGCAAGUGUAAUAUGUAUAAUAUUUAUGAUAAUAGAAAUAGUGGCAGCUAUUGUGGCGAAUUCCUUGUCCCUAAUGACUGAUGCUUCGCACCUUUUUUGCGACUUACUCUCCUUUGCCUUAAAUUUAUUUUCCAUAUACGUUUCCACAUUUGAGGGGAAUGUAGAUAUGUCUUUUGGGUACCACCGGGCGGAAAUAAUAGGAGCGUUGUUUUCCAUUUUUUUUAUAUGGGCCCUCUCUGCCUACAUCCUAUACAGUGCUGUGUUUCGAUUAUUUGAUGUUCAGACGGUGGAUGGGUACAUCAUGUUUGUGACCGCUUUUGUAAGCACGCUGGCGAAUAUAUUCAUUGCCUUCGUGCUUAAGGUGCAUUCACAUGGGUUUGAGUUUAUUGGGCAACGAAGAUGCAGUCAUAAUGAUGAAACGAAUGAGCAUGCUCACCAGAUAAAGGCGUGGGGGAAUGAUGCUAGGUGCUCUGCAAAAAAUGGAAAAUACAAAAAUAUAAACAGCGAUAUUGUUAUUGCAGAUGACGACGAUGCUGCUGCUCAUGCUGCGGCAUGUAACAAGGGUAACAUUUCCAUUGGGAAAAUCAACACCAGUUCGUGUAGCUACGUCGCUUUUGAUUACUAUGAAAAUGUGAACCAAAUUAAUAUGGAUAAUCGCCAUCAGGGAGAUUCAAGGGCUGCAGGAGGAACUGGUGGUGGUGGUGGGACCAUUGCAGGGAAGAAGGACUCUCAAAAUUCACACCAUGCGCUGCUGGACCCAACAGCGAAUAAUUUCCUUCACAGUAACCACAUUGGAAAUGAUGAAGAUGUGCAGAAGGACGAUGAUACUUUUAAAGUCGGGAUAAAUGAGUACGUCAAUAAAGGCAAUGGAGCGAAUGAUCUCAGUAAAAAAAAAAAAAAAAAAAAUUCGCACAGUGGUACGCACAGUGGCACGCACAAGGGCAGGAACGUAGCCUCGGACAGUUCCUACCUGCUCUCCAAUGAGGAGAGCGAAGAGAAUGUUUUGUGCGACUCGUAUGACAGCCAUGGCCUUGGCCGUUCCUUGGGGGGGAACUCCCCGCAGACCGCGCGCCGCCACUCCCACCGCCACUCUCACUGUCACUCUCACCGCCAUUCACACGACCACUCUCACCGCCACUCUCAUCGCCACUCCCACGGCCAAGACGAACUGAACAGCAUAAGCCUGAAGACGGCGUACCUGCACGCCAUCAGCGACUUGCUGCAAAACGUAGGAGUAAUGAUAGCCUCGCUGAUCAUCUGGUACAACCCCAAGUACUCCAUCACGGACCCCAUUUGCUCAAUCAUUUUUUGUUUCAUCGUUUUUUCAACAACCAUAUCUGUAAUUAAAGAAAUUCUAAACGUACUGAUGGAGGGAACCCCCGUGAGCAUAAACCUAAUAGAUAUAAAAAACGACCUUCUGAAGAUACCCGGGGUUAUAGACGUUCACGACCUACACGUUUGGUCCUUAUCAAUUGGGAAGCCAGCCCUCGCGUGCCAUAUAGUUGCACACAAAAAUUUUGCACACACAGCUUUGAACAACGCCACAUUGUUGUGCCAUAAUAAAUACAAAAUUCUUCAUACCACUGUCCAGACCGACUACCCCUCCAACAUCUCCAACUGCGAAACCUAUGCUCAUCUUAAAUGCUCAAACUUAAAAACAGAAACGCACAAGUAG